UGCUCCACUUUGCAUAAACCCUCGUACAGCUUGUUGCUCCGCUCAACUCUUCGCUAUUCCGGCUGCCAUUGUUAAUACCCCCGACCGAUUAUGGCCAAGUGGUGGCGCUCCACCGGAACGAACCUUAGGUUGUUGGCGCUUUCCAGCGCUAGAUCGGAACCGUUUCCAUUUUCAUCAUCUCGAGCUGCUUCUUACCAUACUAUCCAAGCCAUCCCCAGAGAGUGCAGCGGCAGCAGAAUUUCAAGCAGAGAUAGAGCGCAGGGAAGAAUCCCCGCUGUUGUUUUCAGUCAACAACUCCUUGAGAAAAACUCCAUCCACGGAUCGCCUUCGCGGAAGCAUCUGCUCACUGCAGAGCGAAAGCAAAUCCACUCCAUUCUCAAGUCCGUUGAGCUCCCUUUCUUUUGCUCCACUAGGUUACAACUCCAAAUCCGUGCUGGUUCUGGAUCUUCAGUCCUUCUUGAAUCAGGAUCGAUCCUUCCAAUCAAAGUUCACAGGGAUGAAGAGACCGGGAAGAUCUUGAAUAUGGUGUUUGUAUGGGCUGAUGAAGGCUCGGAGUUGAAGGUAGAUGUGCCAAUUGUUUUCAAAGGGGAAGAGGCUUGCCCUGGUCUUCAGAAAGGAGGUCAACUGAAUAGGAUAAGAACUAGCCUGAGAUACCUUUGCCCGGCCGAGCACAUUCCUUCCAAGAUUGAGGUGGAUGUAAGUAAUCUGGAGAUCGGGGAGAGAAUUUUCAUUCGCGAUAUAGACGUCCAUCCUUCUUUGAAGCUACUUAGCAAGAACGAAGUCAUGCCUAUUUGUAAAAUAGUCACAACAAUCCAGAAACCGGCCAUCACAGAAGCUUCAGAGCCUUCAUGACUACUACGGAUUCAUUGACAUUUAGGUUCAUUUGGUUUACUAAACAACUUAUGGUUGAAGAGGCCAAAGAAUAACAUCUAGUUGGCUUCAAGUGAAUCACAACUCAUGGUUAAAUUGUUAUGUUCUUUGUAUAAAUUUGAAACCUUUUUUCCUGUUUCGAUUCCUCGCUUUACUGACUUUUGAUUUGCAAGCUGAGAAUUUUGCUGAA